UCUAAGAGCCCAUUAUGCUUGUACCCCUCAUCUUCUUUGCUUUAUUACAUGCAAAGUUUUAGUUAACGUUGGUGCCAAUUCAAAUGGAGUGUAAAUGUCACGCGACCAAUCCAAGCGUGCCUUGGUACUACAAAUCCGUACCACGCACCCUUGAGCCCAUAUUCCGCCGCGUGGCUCUGUACUUGUGGUGCCACCACCCAACCACAAGACAAAAUAACCACACACCACACCACACAGUCACAGAGACACACCAUUUUACUGCAACAACAAAGUGCAGACAAUAGAGCAACAAAUAGAAUAUAAUUCGCGGUAGAGAUGGCUGCUUUCACAUAAUAUUCAUUUCAAGUUCUUGCACAAACCCACAAGAAAAUCAAGAAACAGAUAUGAGGAUCAGGCAAAUUUGCAGUUAUAAUCAUAUUACACCACCGCCGCCGUCUGAUAUUGCGUCGUCAUCAACAACCGCUGAUCAGUCGCCACCUCCGUGGGUGCAGAACUCACCACCCGUCAUGAUUAGUAGAAUCAACGUUUCGAUUUGCUCUAACCAGAACCCAGUAACCAGUAAGACAAAAGAAGAAAAUAUCCCGGAGAAGAAGAGUAGUGGUGACAAAUGCAGUAGUUCUAUUAGUACAAGAACAUCUUCAACUGCUAGUUCAGUUUGCAGCUCUUCGUCAUUAUCGUGCCACGGGAAGUGGUGCGAAGAAGAGAAAGUGUUCCCAUUAAAGAAAAGAAAACUGAGCUUGGAGAGGUUCAUGAUAGAUCAAGAAUGUGAAAUCAAGAACAAGAACAAGAAAAAAAUGGGUGCAAAUUCAAGAAUGGAGAUGAAGAAUGGGUUAGGAAGAAAAGAUUAUGGAGUUGGUAAGAAGAAAGCAAAGACAAGAAGGAUAAGUAGUAUACUUAAUCUGCCUUUGCUUGCUAAACCUAAUCAUGACAGUGCAAUUCAUAUAUAAAUAUAGAUAAUACAAAGAUUAAGUCAAGAUUAUAGACUCACUAUAUAUGUAUAAUUGUAGGAAUUAGCUAGACAUUAGUGAUGAUGAUGAUGAAGAAUUUGUGUCA